GGGGCUCUGGGCCGUCCGCCUCCCCUGGGGGAGCCCCUCAGCGAGUCAGUGGGCUGGGGCUCUCUGUGCCUCCACCCUCUGCAUGGGGAACGCCAUCCGGGCCCUGGUGGCCUUCGUCCCCGCCGACUGCUGCCAGAGCUACCUGGUCAGAGACCUCCGGGAGAUGCCGACAGACAAGAUGGUGGAUCUGAGUGGGAACCAGCUCCGCCGCUUCCCCGUGCACGUGUGUUCCUUCCGGGAGCUGGUCAAGCUCUACCUGAGUGACAACCACCUCAACAGCCUGCCUCCGGAGCUGGGGCAGCUCCAGAAUCUGCAGAUCUUGGCCCUGGAUUUCAACAACUUCAAGGCUCUGCCUCAGGUGGUGUGUACUUUGAAACAGCUCUGCAUCCUCUACCUGGGUAACAACAAACUUUGCGACCUCCCCAGUGAGCUGAGCCGGCUCCAGAAUCUCCGGACCCUGUGGGUCGAGGCCAACUGCCUCACGCAGCUGCCAGAUGUGGUCUGCGAGCUGAGGCUCCUUAAGACUCUGCACGCCGGCUCCAAUGCCUUGCGUCUGCUGCCAGCCCGACUCCAGCGCCUCCAGGAGCUGAGGACCAUCUGGCUCUCAGGCAACCUGCUGACUGACUUCCCCGCUGUACUAUUGCACAUGCCCUUCCUGGAGGUGAUUGAUGUGGACAGGAACAGUAUCCAUUACUUCCCCAGCCUGGCUCACCUGUCAAGUCUGAAGCUGGUCAUCUAUGACCAUAAUCCUUGCAGGAAUGCACCCAAGGUGGCCAAAGGGGUCCGCCGUGUAGGAAGAUGGGCCGAGGAGACGCCAGAGCCUGACCCCAGAAAGGCCAGGCGCUAUGCCUUGACCCAGGAGGAAAGCCAGGAUGGAGAGGCACCUGCCCUGCCUUCUCUACUUCUUCCUCCCAACUCCUGAAUGCUUCAGUUGUCAGUCGAGGCCAAGGACACAACUCCAGUGUCUUCUGGAGACCUUCUGGAGACCUCUCCUUUAGAGUGCAAAGAAUUGCUCGGGGACAUGUGGGGUGCCUUUGCAAAAAACUUCUGGCCAACAUCUCUACCAAAGCGAAGCUGUGUGCUCUGGGGAGCAUGAGGACUUCUUUGCAAGAAAAUCAGCUUCUCCAAAUAGAUAUUUUGAAACACUGAAGAACAAGAAGUGCUAGGACAUUUUGUCCUUCUCCCUCUCCAGAAAUGGCUGGUCACGAUGCUCAUGACCUCCUCAAAUAAGGUAUUUAUUAAAGAAUUCACCUGAGUUCUGGUGGCCUGGCUCCAGCUCUUUGCAGGGUAUAUCGGUGUUACUGUGAAUGACCAUAAGUGAUAUGAAAAUAUUGCUAAUUUGGGUCACUUUUUAAAAGACAGUUCUACCUAGUCAGUCAGACUCAGAGACUCGGUGCUGUUGCAAAGGCUCAAGAUGAAGCUUUUUCCCUGCAGCUCAGUGCAAGCCAAGAAGACCCCUGAUGGAAAAAUGCCUCCUGAUGGAGUCUGGCUGCCACUUCACACUUGACAGAGGUUCAUGCUGACUGAGCUGGUUUAUCCCUAAGGGGUUUGACCCAAGGUCUGCUUUCAACCGCUUACUGUUAUUACAAUGCUAGAAGUCAUCCAGACAGUAGACAACGUGGUCUUAUCAAAAGCAAGCCCAGUUGUACUCCUGCCUGCCUCUGUGGAGCACAGCCCUUCUGUUUACUCACAUUCACGAACCAGAGCAGAACUGAAUCCCAUUCCAUCAAGGAAACCACAUUUCCAGAGCUGUAUUAGAAUAAAGGUAGUAGGUGAAAAAGGUUUACUUGAAACAACCAUCUGGAAAUCUGAGUUGCAGGUUGUGGUAUAUACAUAGGACACUUCUGACUCUAGCCGUAUAUACAGCCUUUGUUCUGAUUUGUUUUGAUUUUUGUAGAUAAAAUGGGACUUUUGAUGGUCAGUGUAGAGCUUAGAUAUUUUGGCUGUUUUUUAAUAUGUAAAUUGUGAACUUUUUUUCUUCCCACAAAUACAUCAACCUUAAAGAUGCUGCUGUCACAAUGGGUGAUUUAAUAUAGUACUUAAUGUUCUUGAACCUCUCCAUCAAGGACACAAAAAGUAUAAUCUUUACUAAAACUUUUGUUUAGUUUUUAGUUACUUUUGCUGUAAAAGCAUCUUUGCCCAGCAAAGUCUGGUCCUAAAAUGACACUGCACAGACUAUUUUCAUGUGUUUUCCUACUAUAAAUAUUUCUUGCUAAACCAGAGGAAGAAAGUUUGGUAUCACAAUCUCUUCCUAUUGCUACCUCCCACUAUGCAGAGUAUCUACAACCCACUGAUUAGACUGCCAAGAGAUCCUUUUAAUCAUUCAAUGUCAUAGGCUGUUUAAGUCCUUUAGUUACCAGUCCAGAUUUCUAAUAGGCAGCUAGGAUUUACAGUUUAUUUUCUCAUGUUUGACUGAAAUCAAACUAUACUCAGCUGAUGCUAGAAACCCCUUCUGGGCUAUAUCUAUAGUCAGCCUUAUAGAUGGCUCAUUUUCUUUUGACUCUGUCUUCCUCCUCCUGAGAUUAAUGGGCCCACCUUUUCCAAUACAGAGGUAGGCUGCAGCCAUCAAACAAGUGUGACACCAGCUGACGUGCACACACUGCUCAUCUAAUGAGCUAACUGCUCUGAACUGAAUGCAAAUUAUAAACAUUUGGCACACAGUCAAGAGAUUUUCUUCUAAUAUACAACAAACAUUUCUCAAACAAUAUGUUUAAGAUUUCACCACUGAUUUAGCUACCCAAAAAUGUUUUUGCUACAGGAUUUCAAUUAAUUUUAUAAAGUAACCAUGCAAGGGCAUAUUAACAGUUCUACAACCCUCUGAUGUUUUCUUAAAAUUCUGACAUAAUUAGAAAGUUCAAAAGGGGAGAAAGCACCACCAAAUGUAACUUUUUUCUCAUAAUUUUAAAAGUCCCAAAACCCAAAAUGUUAUGUAUCAGAAAAAUCUUUUUAAGAUUGAUU